AUGCGUGAAAUUUUGCAGGCUGGAGCGCGCUACCCAACUCCACGCCCCUGCAAAUGCAUGGCCAAGUGCAUAUUCGCACCGUACUUUCCUGCAGAUCAGCCUUUGAGGUUUUUGUAUGUGCAUAAAAUGUACGGGGCCAGCAAUGUCACCAAGCUAUUGCACGCCUUGCCAGAAUCGAGCCGAGCAGAUGCGGUGGCUUCGUUGGUCUACGAGGCCGAGGCGAGAGUGAAGUACAGUAUUCGGGUUACAGAUGUUAUCGCGCCGUCCGGUGCACAAGAGAAGAGUUACGGAACGAGAGAAACAAGUAAACUAUUUCGAGGAGAAGAAGCGCGAGAGACUGACUCAGGGCCAAGUGGUCCCCCAAUCCCUCAUCAGUAG